GGCGAAAGCCAAGAUGGCGGCAGCCGUGUUUGGCGAACGCGUUUCGAGUGUGUGCUCGGUCUAGACCAUGUAAAUGGCUCGGCCUAAGCGCACAGUACAUUCUCACGCUGUGAUAUUCUAAUUCGCACAAUUCGCCAGGCGUUCAGUCGUUAUCGGGUGAUGUUUGUUUGACGAGACACGAAUCACGAGAUACUUAAGGGAGGAAAAAAAGUGUCGUAUCUCGUGCACCCUGUCAAGAGUCAGCAUCUUCGACUGCACGACGAAGACCAAUAUCCACCGCCGUCGUACCGUCCGGGUGUUCGUUUAUCUUGAAUAUUCCGCAAUCGUGAGGACGUCGAUAGAUCUUUUGUCAUGUCAACCAAAAGGGAUAAGGAUGCAAUGAACGAAGAUAGCAGCAGUGAUGAAGAUGAAGAUCCCGACAACAUGGGGGUGCCAGGUGGUGGAAAAGAUCUUGCCACCGCUACUGGUAUCGCGAACAUCAAGGAUGAGAAACCAGCGGAUGCACCGUCUAAUCUUAUGGUCAAAGGACAAGGGGGGAUAAAUAUGAUGAAUCAGAAAUUUGGGAGCAAAAUCCCUGGUGGAUUAGUAACUAAGACUGCAACACCAGGAUACGAAAUGGUGCGCGUGGGAGGAUCACAGGGUGUACCGCCUGGUUUUGUCAAUGCAAAUCAAUUAAGUCAACUGGGGCAGUUGGCCGCGGCUGGACCAUAUGGUUUUCCACCGGGAUUAGCAACUCUUGCAGGCUUCAAUCCUGCUGCCUUUUUUCCACCUAGCAUGGAUAUGAGCUUGAUGAGUGGUAUUAUGGGUAUGCCUGGAAUGAACUUGACUGUAAAUCCUCUUGUACAACUAUUGAAUCAAAACGGUAUACAUCCGAAUUGGCCAGCUGGGCUAUCAGGUAAAGCUGUGUCUCAGUUAUGGAUGAACGCUGGGGAUCCCACUGAAAUGACUAUGCAACCAACAUUACCGGAAGAAGAGGAGGUAGAUGACGAGGACUUAGGUGUUGCAGAAACGUACGCCGAUUACAUGCCCACUAAACUUAAACUCGGACGGAAACACCCGGAUCCUGUUGUGGAAACCGCAUCGUUAUCAAGCGUCGAACCAACAGACGUCUGGUAUAAAGUUUCAAUACCAGAGGAAUCAAUACGAACAGGAGCUUUAUCCGCGUUACAGCUCGAAUCUAUAACGUACGCGUCUCAACAGCACGAGCACCUCUUACCAGACGGUACGCGUGCUGGUUUUCUAAUCGGUGACGGGGCGGGGGUUGGAAAAGGACGGACCAUAGCUGGCAUCAUAUUCGAAAAUUAUUUAAAAGGGAGGAAACGUGCUAUUUGGGUCUCCGUCUCGAACGAUCUCAAAUACGACGCAGAACGCGACUUAAACGACAUUGGCGCAUCGAAAAUCGAGAAAUUGUAUUUAAAGGUCCACGCAUUAAACAAGUUUAAGUAUGCAAAAAUAUCCUCUGCCGUGAACGGGAACGUAAAGAAAGGCGUGAUAUUUAGUACGUACUCUGCUUUGAUCGGAGAGUCCACGCAAAGUGGUGGAAAAUAUAAGAGUCGAUUAAAGCAACUUCUGCAAUGGUGCGGUGAAGAUUUCGAUGGUCUGAUUAUCUUCGACGAGUGUCAUCGCGCGAAGAAUUUGUGUCCUACGGGUAGUUCAAAGCCAACGAAAACCGGCUUGACAGUUUUGGAGCUGCAGAACAAGCUUCCCAAAGCCAGAGUAGUGUACGCCAGUGCCACGGGCGCUUCCGAGCCUCGGAACAUGGCGUACAUGGUUCGGUUAGGGAUGUGGGGCGAAGGGACGCCUUUCCCUGAAUUUACCGAUUUCAUCAGCGCCGUCGAGAAACGAGGAGUCGGUGCAAUGGAGAUCGUAGCGAUGGACAUGAAAUUGCGAGGCAUGUACAUCGCUCGACAACUCAGUUUUCACGGUGUAGCUUUUAAAAUAGAAGAGGUACCGCUAUCCAAAGAGUUUACCGCAGUGUACGAUAGUUCAGUUCGAUUGUGGGUCGAAGCAAUGCAAAGGUUUCAAGAGGCGGCCGAACUGUUGGACGCCGAGAAUCGUAUGAAGAAGACUAUGUGGGGCCAGUUCUGGUCAUCGCAUCAGCGCUUCUUCAAGUAUCUGUGCAUCGCCGCUAAAGUGAAACAUGCUGUCGCGGUUGCGCGCGAGGCCGUGAAGUGCGGCAAAUGCGUUGUGAUCGGUCUGCAAUCCACUGGCGAGGCUCGUACUUUGGAACAAUUGGAACGCGACGACGGCGAGCUCAGCGAUUUCGUCUCCACCGCGAAGGGCGUGUUGCAAACGUUGGUGGAGAAACACUUUCCAGCCUCGGAUCGUAAUCACAUACACCGAGUUCUUGGCAUAGAGCCGUCGAAGAUGCAGAGGUUAGAGGACCUGGACGACAUGGAUGGCGCCGGGGGCUCUGCAGGUGGUAGCAAAAGGAAACCAGUUCGACAGGCAGCCCAACGGGCCUCGAAGAGGGUUCGAACGUUCCCAUCGGACGACGAUUUCACCGACGAUGAGAGAAACGGUGGCCGCAGCUCCGACUCGGAAUAUAAACAAAGCGGUAGCGAGAGCGAGGACGAGCAUAAAACGGACAUGGAGAGCAACAUCACCUCCGAUUCUUCCUUUCAGUACACCGAGUCGGACUCUGACUCGGGCGAUAGGCGAAAGAAGAAAGGCAAAAAGCAAAAGAAACCGGUGAAGAAACGUGCAGGGUAUGCAGGAGCCGCCAGCGGAAACGCAGCGAUUCGUAAUCGAGCUCCGUCGAGAGACGCUGUCGAGCGCGCUUACACCAUGAAGAAGGAAUUACUGUCGGAGAUAGAAGACCUAGGCGAUCGGCUGCCACCCAAUACCUUAGAUCAACUUAUAGACGAAUUCGGUGGGCCUGAAAAUGUCGCUGAGAUGACUGGUAGGAAAGGACGAGUCGUGCAAACGGAAGACGGCACCAUUCAGUACGAAUCUAGAUCUGAAGUCGAUGUUCCAUUGGAGACGCUUAAUUUAACGGAAAAACAAAGGUUUAUGGAUGGUGAAAAAACAGUAGCCAUUAUAUCAGAGGCGGCUAGCAGCGGUAUAUCGUUACAGAGCGACAGACGAGCAAGAAACCAAAUGCGACGAGUGCACAUCACACUUGAAUUGCCAUGGAGCGCCGAUAGAGCGAUACAACAGUUCGGACGUACGCAUCGUUCGAAUCAAGUGAACGCGCCGGAGUACAUAUUCUUGAUCUCGGAUUUGGCCGGUGAACGAAGAUUCGCGUCGAUAGUCGCGAAACGUUUGGAGAGCCUUGGCGCUCUCACGCACGGAGACAGGAGGGCCACGGAAACCAGAGAUCUCUCGCAGUUCAAUAUCGAUAAUAAAUACGGACGUUCGGCUCUCGAAGCAACGAUGAGGACUAUAAUGAAAUACGAGGCGCCGCUGGUACCACCUCCUCAAGAUUACCACGGAGACUUCUUCAAAGACGUGGCCGACGCGCUGGUGGGCGUCGGUUUAAUUUGCAACAGUGAAAGCUCACCAGGUGUACUCACGUUGGACAAAGACUACAACAACAUGUCGAAGUUCUUGAAUCGUAUACUUGGCAUGCCCGUCGAUUUGCAGAAUCGUUUGUUCAAAUACUUCACCGACACCUUGAACGCGAUCGUCACGCAGGCGAAGAAGACCGGACGCUUCGAUAUGGGUAUACUCGAUCUGGGCACGUCGGGAGAGAACGUACGGAGAGUGAAAUUAUAUCGUUUUCUACGGAAACACGCCACCGGUAAGGCGCCGACGGAACUUCAUGUCGUUCACGUCGAGCGUGGCAUGAAUUGGUCCGAAGCAAUGGACAAGUGUUCCGAGUUAACGGGAUCCAAAGAAGGAUUUUAUUUGAGCCAUCAGAUUCGUAAUGGAAAGCAGACGGCAAUUCUCGCGAUCGCCGUGGAUACUGGUAAAAAGAAGACUGAGAGCAAGAAGGAUCAGUUGUACAUGGUUUACAGGCCCAAUACGGGGCUGCAGCUAAGGCAAGAGACUCUAGGUGAAUUAGAGAAGAAAUAUAAGAAGGUGUCUUCAGACGAAGCGGAACCCCAUUGGUCGCAGCAGUACGAGGCUUCCGUGGAUACAUGUUCGCACGCUUACUGGCGUGGUAAUUGUAAAAAUGCAACGCUUGGUAUGGACUGCGAGGUCGGGCUCCGAAGACGUUCCUAUAAUGUUUUAUCCGGUUCGGUGUUGAGCGUAUGGAGUCGUGUAGAAAGCAUUCUAGCAACACGUUCUGGUCACAACUCUAAGAUGCAAGUUGUACGUUUACGAACUGACGAAGGUUUGAAAAUUGUCGGUACCCUUAUUCCGAAGUCCUGUAUGGAGAUACUACGUCAAGAACUUUCAUCCGAUUCGGAGAAAACCGAAGACCUCUCAUUUUGAACAUUUCGUUAUUUCGCUUUACAGGACCAAUGGAAGCGACUCUACAGUGACUCGUGGACAAAUCCCUCUUCCUAAGCCUUGUGACAGAAAUUUGACGAAGAAGGGGGAGCACUUGCAAAUAUAUGUUGAUGGCACGGAUGCACGUGUUAUAACUAUGAAGAGAUAAAAGGUAGAAUCCAAAGCAAAUCCCAGUGGCCUGCCGUUUAUUGCCCUGUUCGGUAUGUCGAGUGAAAGAAACGCGUGGCACGAACAUUUCCAAUUUUUGCGAUUCUACGAACACGAGAUCCGAGCUUGUCCCUUCGUUAGACUCUCGCGUUGUUAUUUUAUAAGUUUUAACAAAGCCUACUUGCUCGCCCGUCGCAUCUCAAUACACAAACGUCAUCAAAUAGUUGGAAUUUUUUCUUCUUUCCUUCUUUUCUUUUUUUAAAAAAAAAAUUUUUUAGUCGUAGACUACGCCCGUAUUACGUUGGGUUAGGUUUCGAAACGGAGUACAAUUUUCCAUCUUUCUGUUCGUUUGUUUCGCGUAAAAAGGGAGAAGGUAUCGAAAUCAGUAGCCAUUUUUUUUUAGAAACAUUAAAAUUAAAGAUUCCGCGAGAUGCAUUUCGUUGCAUACGGAUAGGAGAUAUUUAGGGUUUCGUUCCUUUCGAUCGCGUUGCGGAAGAGAUUCGGCCAGUGCGACGUAGCUUUACUUUGCGUCUGUCACAACUGAAAUUUCGCAGUGGAACGAGGUUAAGAAAUGUGAGAUUCAUAUUGGGAAGCACGAACAAUUUAAUUAGGUGAUUCGUAUCGACUUUAAGGAAUUCGUAUUUUACGCUAACUAUAUCCUGGACCGAAGCGACAUCCAGUGAGAAUCGAUUGUAUAAAUCGUAGCAGUAGGUCGGGGAAAUUCGCUUACUCGUGUAUUGUGAUCGAUAUAGUAAGUGUAAUACGAAGGAAGAAGAGUGUACGUAGUAUUAGUAAUGUACGAGGGACAGUGAAGGAUGACGAUCAAUUCUCGCUGGAAAGUACAGAAUGUAUACGCGACUGUUCAACUUUUGUUUAAUCGUUGAAUCGAUCGGAUAGUUAAUUAUGAUCAUUGCUACUGCUACCAUUAAUAUUAUUACACUACUACUGCUACUAUUAUUAGUAUUAGUAACUCCCACUGCAAAACUAUUACUAUUAUGACCGAGGUGGGGGAAGGGGGCGAGGUAAUAAACGAUCGUUAUAUCACAUCAAACAUUACGUUGAAGCAGAAUGUUCGUUGUUUGUAAAUCAAGUGCCAAUGUAGACGUAACUUGUUUCCUUUUUUCCUAAAUUCGCGUUCGGUGAUUGGAAUCGAACAAAAGGUUUUCUUCACUUCUAUUAGACACUUCGAUACAAGUUCGUUGUGUCGCCGUUAAGUAGCAUUUACCGAUAAUUUAAAAUUAAAACGAAAAUUGUUGCGACCUUGUCUCCCGAUGUUCUCCAUUUAUAAGUAGUCGGCAUUAAAGGGAUAAAAAAAAAUAAUUAGAUUCAAACGAUACGUACGGCAAUAUAUUUAUAUUCAGAAUCAUAAAGUGUAGUUAUGCGGCUCGCAUGUAUAUUGAGUAGAUGUCUGUUGUUUGUUUGUACGCCUGGGCGAGUUUCGAUAGAGUGCUAAGUGGGUUGGAUCUCGCAGUCUAUUGUCGAUUACGGGAAACAAUAAAAUGAAAAAUAUUCGGAUUAGCGUGUAGAGUAAUUCCGGAGCAAUACGAUAGAAUCGGAUUUUUCUUUGGUAGAUUCUCGAUUGUAAGGUGAUACGUGGAUUAAAUAUUGUCCGGCGUGUUCGACGCUACGGGAACGGAAACGUGAUUGUGAAUAUUUUCCAAUCCUUCGCGACUCCCCUCACUGCAAAGAAUCGUUUUUGACGUAGCACACAAGAAAACUACUGCGUUUCUACGGAUACACUACAUAUUGCAUUUAUAAAGAAAAAGAGAAAGAGGAAGAAAAAAAAUGAAAAAAAAAAGAAAACAAUGUAA